AUAUGGAGGGUCCAGUAGUGGAAAGAGAGACGACGGAGGAGGAGAAGAUUGAUGCGUGGCUUCCGAUCACCUCUAGUCGGACGGCCAAGUGGUGGUACUCGUCACCGCCAUGGUCGGGGCUGGCGUCCUUAGCCUUCCCUAUGCCAUGUCCAACAUGGGAUGGUACUUUUUCUCUUUCACAUUAUUUUUUGUUUAAUUUUUGUACCUCUUUCUUCUUAAAUCUAGUUCAUCGUGUUUCAAUUUAACUUUGUUGUCAAUUUUUGGGUGUAUAAUUAUUUUUAACAUUUAGUUUGUGAAAUUUUGUUGAUUGUUCGAGUUGAAUGUUUCAUAUAUCGGAAUAUAUCGCUUUUAAGCUUCUAAUUUUGAUAAAAAAAGUUCUAAUCACAAUUCAUCACACUAUAAUAACUUUUUCAUAGUUACGAUUUUUACACAUAACAACUUAGUUCUGCUUCAUCGUUUUUCUAAACUUGUCCGUUUUUUCUAGGGUUUUGUUAGUUAAGGUUCGAGUUUCUUGUUCGGUUUUAUUUUUUAUAGGGGACCGGGUAGUGUGAUCAUGGUGCUAUCGUGGAUCAUCACUUUGUACACGCUAUGGCAAAUGGUGGAGAUGCACGAGAUGGUUCCGGGCAAACGAUUCGACCGGUACCAUGAGUUAGGGCAACAUGCCUUCGGCGAGAAGCUGGGGCUCUACAUCGUGCUACCUCAACAAAUAGUAGUGGAAGUUAGCACGUGCAUCAUCUACAUGGUCACCGGCGGCAAGUCUCUGUAGAAAUUCCACAACACCGUUUGUCCGAACUGCCACGACAUUAAACUCACCUACUUUAUCAUGAUGUUGGCAUCCGUCCAGUUCGUCCUCUCCCUUCUCCCCAACUUCAACUCCAUCUCCGCAGUCUCCCUAGCUGCCGCUGUCAUGUCCCUAGUUUACUCCACAAUCGCGUGGACCACGUCUCUGGCGAAGGGGGCGCCACAACAUGUGACGUACGCGUUGAGGGGGAAGAACCCAAUGGAGAAUACUUUUAACUUCUUCAAUGCGCUAGGUGACAUCGCCUUCGCCUUUGCUGGCCACAACGUGGUGCUAGAGAUUCAGGCGACCAUCCCAUCCACGCCGGAGAAACCGUCCAAGAAGCCAAUGUGGAAGGGGGUGAUCCUGGCCUAUUUCGUGGUGUUCUUAUGCUAUUUCCCGGUUGCAUUUUUGGGGUAUUACGUAUUUGGAGACACAGUCGAUGACAACAUUUUGAUGACACUCGAGAAGCCUGCAUGGCUCAUUGCAUCGGCCUACAUGUUUGUUUUCAUCCAUGUUGUCGGAGGCUACCAGAUAUAUGCAAUGCCUGUUUUUGAUAUGUUGGAGACUUUGUUGGUGAAGCAAUUGAAGUUUAAGCCUUCAGGGGUACUACGUUUCACCACUCGUAUGCUAUAUGUUGGCAUAACCAUGUUCAUAGGCAUGACAUUCCCCUUCUUUGGUGGUUUGCUUGGAUUCUUUGGUGGAUUUGCUUUGGCCCCAACGACAUACUAUCUUCCUUGCAUCAUCUGGCUCAUUUUGAAGAAGCCCACGAGGUUUAGCUUCUCUUGGUGGAUCAAUUGGAUAUUCAUUGUGAUCGGAGUUGUACUGAUGAUUUUGGCACCAAUUGGAGGGCUGAGGAACAUAAUUCUCUCUGCCAAAACUUACAAAUUCUACCAAUGAUUAUUGAAGAUCGAAAAAGUUUUCUUAAAUAUAAGAUUUUUUCAGAUACUUUAUUUAGUUUUGCUCAUAGUUAGGUUGAGCUUCCAGCCCUAGCAUUUUAUUGACUAGAACAGAACAGCAUUUGUUAAGCUUAACUUAUCACUUU